CAUCCAAUCGGUUUGCCAUUACCCCCAUUACAGUAACGCGCGGCGCACAUGGGAACAAUUGCAGGCGGGCGCCCGCCGCCUCACUCAUUGCUCACACUCAGCAAAGUCCAAUGUCUUGAAUCGUCGCCAGUUGGCAAACGUCAUAAUAGUUUGAAAGCACUCUUUUCAUUCCCAUUAACAAAGAAGAAACGCUCCUGAGACCGUUUUGUCACGUUAACAAAUUUGGCGCGGAUGUCUUCCCAGCGUAGGACCACGCCAAAAGCCGCGCUCCUUGCUAUCUUCGUCACCAUAGUCGUUUCUUUAAUUUGCGCCUCUGAGGCGAAUCCAGGAAGGGUCCGGAGGCUGCUGAAUCAUGAGUCGGUUGAGACUAAUCUUAGCCCGCCGAUGCCACCGACCCCUUCUGGCUAUCACGCGCUGACCGGCUUCUGCCGCUACCCCGGCACCGACCUCCUGGGGUUCGACCUGGGCUGCUAUGCGCCCGAGCAGCCCGGCGCCUGCCCGCUGGGCGCCAACGCCACGUCAGCCACGCUGCAGGCGGCGGCGGAGGCCUGCCAGGCCAACCCCGGCUGCCACGCAUUCACGUCGGACGGAUGGCUCAAGGCCACGGGCCAGCCCUCCUUCACCAGCCGGGUGGAGUACCUGGGCGGCCCCUGGCAGGGACUGUACACCAAGCGGCCCAGCACCGGCGGUGCCCUGGACGCGUUCUGCUUCUACCAGGGCCAGGACAUCUUCGGCAACACGCUCUCCCGCGGCACCGCCAACCCUGACCCCGCAGCGGACGGCGGCAACGCCGAGGCCCUGGCCGCGCUGUGCCUGGCCACCCCCGGCUGCCUCGCCUUCAACACGCAGCAGUACCUCAAGCGCACCGCCGACCUGGCGGCCGUCAAGCCGCUGACGGCCGUGUUCCCCAACCCAGGCCAGGGGCUCUACAUCCGGGCCACACUGCCCGCACCACCGCCGAGCCCCCUGCCGCCCAGCCCGCCGGUACCGCCGAGCCCGGCGCCUCCGAGUCCGGCGCCGCCCAGCCCGGAGCCCCCCAGCCCAGAGCCCCCAAGCCCAGAACCGCCCAGCCCGGAGCCGCCUAGUCCAGAGCCACCCAGCCCGAAGCCGCCCAGCCCACGCCCUCCUAGCGAGUUUGCUUUGAGCAGCUUUUGCCCCUACCCGGGCCAAGACAUUGUGGGUUUCAACAUCAGCUGCGGGCUGCCGGCGGCACAGGGCGGCUGCGCUCGCGGCCGCACCGUCAGCCGCAGCCAGCUGCUGGGCCUGGCCGCUGCCUGCACCUCCACCCCCGGCUGCCUGGCCUUCACGUCGGACGGAUGGCUCAAGUCUGAGGGCGUGGAGGCGCUGCACCCGCCGCCCAUCAGCUACAUGACGGAGCCGCUGCAGGGCGCCUACGUGCUGAGGCCCAAGGUGCUCCGCUACGCCACGGAAUCCUUCUGCUUCUACCCCGGCCGCGACCUGCCCGCCGCUGGCUCCGACGCCGCCGGGUCUGUGCUGCCGCUCCUGGACGCAGAUGAGGGCGACGCGGCGGCCCCCGGCGCCAGCCUGCUCUUCCGGAACGCGCAGGCCCUGGCGCAGGUCUGCCUGGAGACGCCCGAGUGCCUGGCCUUCACCACCGCAGCCGAGUUCCGUACGGACGGCGACUCCGGGGCGCUGGUGACCAACACCACCAAGUUCAGGACGGCGCGCGAGGGCACCUACAUCCGCGCGGUGCUGCCCGCCCCUCCCAGCCCGCCUCCGAGCCCGGAGCCGCCCAGUCCGGAGCCGCCCAGCCCUCCUAGCCCCACGCCGCCCAGCCCUGCCCCGCCCAGCCCUGCCCCGCCUAGCCCUGCGCCGCCUACCCCUGCCCCACCCAGCCCAGCUCCGCCCAGCCCCACGCCGCCACCCGUUGGGCCCUAUGCCACUGCACUCAGCGGAGCGCGUGACAACACGCUGUGUGCCCUGGUGCAGCCGGGGGGCCGCGUGCGGUGCAUCGGCAGCGGCUACGUGAUGGCCGGCACCAGCAGGACGGCCAACGGCAGCUACGUCAACUUGGGCACCAACACGGGGCCGGUGAAGAUGGUGGCGAGCCACUCCAUGGCGCAGCACGCGUGCGCAGUGUUCGAGAGCGGCAAGCUCAAAUGCUGGGGCGCGGGAGGUGACGGCCGGCUGGGCUAUGGAGACACGGUCACGCGCUAUGUCCCGGCUGACAUGGGCGACGCGCUGCCGUACGUGAACCUGGGCGCCAACGUGACGGCGUCGCACGUGUCAGUCGGGCAGUACGUCACGUGCGCGGUGGUGCAGCCCGCGGGCCGCGUCAAGUGCUGGGGCAACAACGUGAACAACUGGAUGUUGCCGCGCCCAGGCAACCAGGGGGACUCUCCCGAUGAGGUCGGGGACAACAUGCCCGCAAUCAACCUCGGGACCAACGUCUCGGCUUCAUCCGUCGCGGUUGGGUACGGGCACAUAUGUGCAAUCACGGAGACCACAAAGCGCGUCAAGUGCUGGGGCAGCUGGGACACGCUCGGGUACCCUACAAUCCCCUACCGCGCGGCCAACGCACCGUCUGACAUGGGUGACAACCUGCCGUACCUCAACUUCGGUAAAAACGUAACCGAGGUCACGCAGUUGGUGGCGGGCGAGUUGUACGCGUGCGCGCUGGUGCAGCCCGGCGGCCGAGUGCAGUGCUGGGGCCGCGGCGAGUACGGUGUGACCGGCACCGCUGGGGGCAGCCUGUACUUUGACCACGUGGACGGCGACAACAGCCCGUUCGUGGACUUGGGCACCAACGUGACGGUGACGCAGCUGGCCGGCGGGCAGGAGCACGUGUGUGCACUCACGACCGCCGGCCGCGUCAAGUGCUGGGGUCUGGCCGUGCUGGGUUAUGGAGAUGCGGGGGGCUUCUACCAGCAGAAGUCGCCCGGUGCCAUGGGCGACGCACGGGCGUAUGUGGACCUGGGGCCGUCAACAGACGUCGCGUCGGUGGCCGCAAUCGCCGCCAUGCCCAAUGGCGCCUGUGCGCUGGUGCAGCCUGGAAACCGCGUCAAGUGCUGGGGACUGGCUCCCGACAACAACAUCUACGGCGACGCCCCCGGAGAGAUGGGGGCGGCCCUGCCCUUCCAGGACAUGCGCCUGUGAUGAUAAUGUGGUCAUGAUGGGAGCAGCCGGCAGCGCUAUAGCUUGUACGGCACGGCCUCAAGCACGGGCUGGGAGGUAGGCAAGCAGGGGGCGCGGGGCCGCAACCAGCAUAUCCCUGCCUGGCCACGGGCCCAUGCCGCUCGUGCAGGUGGCCUGUGGCAAGUGCGAGUGGCUAGGCUGUUGCUGCUGGGCGUCCACGCGUCUACCUGUUGGCCCGCAUGCAUGCGCGGGUGGCCCGCAUGCAUAUAUGCCUGUUCGGUACGGCGGGAGGAUACGAGCGGAGCGUCCUAUGUAUGGGAGCAAGCCUACUAGAGCUUCAGUAGGCCGACGGCGUUGCAGGCAGGACGCCCCUGGGGUCCAGAGGAGGGUGAUCGUUUUCCACGUCACUGGCUCGUGAACUGCGUCAGCAGGCCGCUCUUGUAACCGAUGCAAUCU